AUGCACUUCCAAAUCACCGCCGUCGCUGCUCUUGUAGCUCUUUCAACUGCUCUUCCAACGCUCACGGUCCGCCAGUCUGGACCCGUCCUUGCGUCCACAACCUACAAUGCCAUCUCAAUAUCUGGCGGACAAGCUGGCAAUGCCGAAGCCGAAGCCCUCGCUGUCUUCUCUGCACUCGACCUCAACAAUCCUGGAAACAUCAACAAAGCCGACAUUGACUUUCUUAAUCAGGUUAACGGUGUAGCCAACGACGCCGAGAAGGGCGUUUUCAACACUGCCAUUGCGGCGGCUACAGGCGCUACGGCGGACGCUCUGACCGCUGGCAAGAUCAAGAACAAGGUCUUGAAGUUGACGGCUACCAAGAUCCAGCUGUUGGCACAGCAGGCUCAGGGCCAAGAUGUGGCUGCCAGGAUGACGGAAGAGCUGGCCAAGCUCAACACCAACAUCGCGACCGAUAAGAAGAACGCUGGCAACCCUAGCACAGCACUGCCUUUCGAUGCUACUAUUACAGGUGGAGGCGCUACCGCUGCUGGGGCUGGCAACAACACGGCCGCAGGCAACAACUAA